AGAAAAUGAAUAAAGUUUUACCCUGGGAGCAUUUUGAAAAUCUUUAUAAAGAACUUAUAGGUCAAAAUAGUAACGAUAGUUCUAGUGGUGGUGGCCACAGUGGUUUAGGAUCUGGUCCACCGGGUACACCAAAUCCGCAGCAAGUUAUACGUCCCACACCCUCACCCACGGGCUCUUCGGGUUCACGUUCUAUGUCUCCAGCAGUGGCACAAAAUCAUCCUAUAUCGCGACCCUCUAGUAAUCAAUCUAGCAGUGGUCCCAUGCAACAGCCAGGAGGUGGUCCUCCCGGACCACCAUCUCAACAAACAUCGCAACAACAGCAAUCUCAACAAGGUCCGGGAGUUCCAAACUCUUCCUCGUCGGCAAGUAAUUCGCCUCAACAGCAGCAGCAACAACAGGGACCGCCCUCUGGCGCGUCAGGUGGCCCACCUAGUUCCCAGCAACAGCCACCACCGCCACCAAAUCAGAAUGUCAAUAAUCUGCCCUCACAGCCAUUACCUCCACAGGGUCCUGGUGGUGGCCCUGGUGGCUAUCCCUUACCGCCUCAUAUGCAUGGCAGCUAUAAGUUGGGCGGCCAAAGUCCUGGUCCUCAGGGCAUGCUUUCUGGUUACCCGCCACCACCGCCUCAGCAAGCUCAACAAUACUCUCAAGGAAGCUAUCCACCACGACCACAAUAUCCUCCAGGUGGUUAUGCUCCCACACCACCUCCAUCUAGCCAAGCAUCCGGUGCUAAUAGUAUGCCACCGGGCAGUGGUCCCCAGCAGUAUCCGGGCGGCCGGCCCAUGCCCAACCACAGUGGCCCCGGUCAAUAUCCACCCUAUCAGAAUUGGGUACCACCCUCGCCACAACAAGGUGGCCCUGGUGGUCCACCACCCGGUGGUCCUGGAGGUCCUGGUGCUGCGGCCAUGGGUAAUCAUGUUCAGGGCAAAGGCACACCACCUCCACCACAAGGCAGUGGCUCUCCAAGACCCCUUAACUAUCUAAAACAACAUUUACAACAUAAAGGCGGUUAUCCCGGUGGUCCGGGCGGUCCUCCACAAGGCUAUGGCAAUGGUCCUGGUAUGCAUCCCGGUAUGCCUAUGGGACCACCACAUCACAUGGGUCCACCACAUGGUCCUACCACCAUGGGACCUCCGCCCUCUACACCGCCGCAAUCGAUGAUGGUUGGUGCUGGUGGUGAAACGAGUAGCAGUGGUGCUGGUGGUCCUCCACCACCGCCAGAUCAUAUAUCACAAGAUAAUGGUCUAAGUUCGAGUUCAUCGAGUUCGGCGCCUGGUGGUCCACAACAUCCUGUGACAUCGGUGGUGACUACGGGUCCAGAUGGUGCUCCUAUGGAUGAGGCCAGUCAGCAGAGUACAAUAUCAAAUGCAUCAGCAGCUUCUGCUGAAGAUCCCCAAUGUACUACACCAAAAUCGCGCAAAAAUGAUCCCUAUGGUCAAAGCCAUUUAGCACCACCAAGCACCUCUCCCGGUGGUAUAGGAGCUGGACCACAUCCUGGUCAUCCAGGAGAAGAUUAUGAAAUGAAUUCACCACCCAAUUGGGCAAGAACGCCAGCCAGUCCGGGUUUCAAUAGUCAUGUUCCUCAACAAGAUACUUUCCGUACAACGGCCACACCCGUUACCACAGUCGUCUCAGCGUCUGCCAAGAAAUCCGAUAGUCUUUGUAAACUUUACGAAAUGGAUGAUAAUCCCGAUCGUCGAGGUUGGCUUGAUAAAUUGCGAGCAUUUAUGGAUGAGCGGCGUACCCCAAUAACAGCCUGUCCAACCAUCUCGAAACAACCGCUCGAUCUUUAUCGUUUAUAUUUGUACGUUAAAGAACGAGGCGGAUUCGUCGAGGUAUGCAAGGUAACAAAAAGUAAAACUUGGAAAGAUAUUGCCGGUCUAUUGGGUAUUGGUGCAAGUAGUAGUGCUGCGUAUACGUUACGUAAACACUAUACGAAAAAUCUAUUGGCAUUUGAGUGUCAUUUUGAUCGUGGUGAUAUAGAUCCAUUACCGAUAAUACAACAAGUAGAGGCUGGUACAAAGAAAAAAUCAACCAAAGCAGCUUCAGUACCGUCGCCAGCUGUUGUAAAUAUUAUAGCUGGUUCAUCAAAUUCACAAGAUUCAUUCCCAGCCCCUGGUGGUGCUGCCAAUACAUCGAUGGAUGGUUAUCCACAAUAUCCAGGUAGUUAUCCCGGUGGUCCGGGACCACAGCCAGAUUAUGGUGCGGCUGGACAAAUGCCACGACCACCAUCACAAAGUAAUGCGCAAAGUCCACAUCCAGGUACAAAUAAUCAAACAUCUACGGCACCUGGUGGUGGUGGUGGAGGCGUUACAAGUGGUGGUAGUGAUAAUAUAAGUGUCAAUAAUCCAUUUGAUGAGCCUGUAGGCAGUGGUGGUGUUGCACCAGCUUCUAAUACAACAGCCAGUGGUACAACUGGUGCACCACCACCCUCCAGUGCUGCACCUCAGUCCCAUCCACCGCAUCCUUCAAACAUAAGACCACCUUAUCCUCCUGGUGGACCAUACCCGCCACCGGUGUCUCGUACACCAGGUUCUCCUUAUCCUGGACAACCCGGAGCUUACGGACAAUAUGGUUCAGGUGAUCAAUACAAUGCAACCGGCCCUCCUGCCCAGUUUGGCCAGCAACAGGGCCAAUUUCCGCCUCAAAAUCGUAACAUGUACCCUCCCUAUGGACCCGAGGGAGAAGCACCACCUUCUGGCUCGAAUCAAUAUGGUCCUUAUGGAAAUCGUCCAUAUAGUCAACCACCUCCCGGUGGUUCUCAGACCCCUACUCCUCCUGGUGCUCCUACAGCUGCUGGCGGUCCUCCACAAGGUGGUCCUCCAGCACCUGGUAGCUCCCCAUAUCCUCCACCCGGUGCUCCUGGCCAACAAGAAUAUUAUAGGCCUCCAGAUCAGGGACCUCAGCCACGACGUCAUCCAGAUUUUGUUAAAGACUCACAGCCAUAUCCUGGCUAUAAUGCACGACCACAGCUUUAUGGUGGUUGGCAAGGUGGUUCGAAUCAAUAUCGUAAUCAAUAUCCAUCAUCUCCAUCGCCUCAAGCAUGGGGUGGAGCACCGCCACGAACCUCAGCUCCACCGACUGGUCCAUUGGGACCACCGGGUCAACAACAGCCACCAUCUGCCGGUGCCGCUCAAUGGGAUCAGCAUCGUUAUCCUCCACAGCAGCAACAGCAGCCACCACCUCCACAACAGCAACAGCAGCAGCAACAACAGCAACAACAACAACAGCAGCAACAGCCACAACCACCCUAUCAGCAGCAGCAACAACAACAAGGACAACAGCAACCCACACCACCACAGUGGGCACAAAUGGGUGGAGCUGGCACUGGCGCACCUGGAGCACCACCAAGUGGUGCGCCAGGAUCUCCUUUAAGGCCUCCCAGUGCUGGUCAACAACAACGUAUGCCCACCAGCGGCGGUCCUGGUGUUAAUAUGAAUAUGGGCGUAGGACCUGGAGUGGGUCCUCAAGCCGGGCCACCAGGGGCACCUCCCAACACUAAUAAUGCUUCGUCAGGUAGUGUUCAAAUGCCUCCCGGCAGUAUGGGUAAACCGCCUUUCUCCAUGCCUCCACCACCACAGGCUGGCGGUGGUAGUAAUGUUGCUGUUCCGCCAGGCAAUAACCAAGGACCUGCUGGCACUGGCAUCAUGCCUCCCGGCGUCAUGGGCACUCAGCAAAAGCCAAUGGGUGUAGUAGGUGGUCCCGGUGUAGUGUCGGGUAAUGUUCCACCACAACCCCAACAGCCGCAGCAGCCACCACAAGCAUUCGCUCCUCCCAUAGGUCCUGCUGCUCAAUUGAUCAAGAAGGAAAUCGUAUUUCCACCCGAUAGUGUGGAGGCUACCACACCGGUAUUAUACAAACGUAAACGCUUAAAUAAGGCUGAUGUUUGUCCCGUCGAUCCUUGGCGUUUAUUUAUGGCCAUGCGUUCGGGACUUUUAACCGAGUGUACUUGGGCUUUGGACGUUCUAAAUGUCCUGCUGUUUGACGAUUCAACAGUACAAUACUUUGGACUAUCACAUUUGCCCGGUUUAUUAACACUGCUGCUGGAGCAUUUCCAAAGGAAUCUCGCCGAUAUGUUUAACGAGGAGGAGAACAAUGAACAGAAACAAUUAGCCAGCAGUGUUAAAAAUGCUAAAAAGAUCAAUAGCAAGCGCAGCAUAUUGCACAGCAGCAUGCGCAAACGAGCUAGCGAGGUCGUCACCAUUAAACAAGAAGAUGAUUUACACAAACACAGCAGCAGAUUACAUGACAAUACAGCAUGCGAUUAUGACAUGGAAAACGAACGUUUAUUCGCUGAGGAUGAGCAUCAUAUGCUGGAUGACUCUGAUGAAGACGAAGGCAUUGAUUUGGGUCAAGUUAAAAAUCAAGCCAACCCCGAUGAACGUGUGAUAUUACUGGCCCAUACACCCAACUACACAAUGAUGUCGCGUAAAGGUCUGCCUGUGCGACUACAGCCUGCCGAACAAGACAUUUUUAUAACCGAUGGCCUCAAGUCGUGGGACAUUGAGUUUAGUGGCAACUAUGAGGAGACUGCGCCGGUGGGUAGCAAUGCCUGGACCUAUGGCUUUACCGAUCCAGAUAUAAAUGCGGGCAUUAUUGAUGUGUUCAAGUCAGAAUUUGUAGACAUUCCAUUUGCCCGUUACAUCAAAGGCAGCCAACGCAACGGCAUCAACAGUUGCAAAACGAAGACUAAAGACAGCAUGGUGAAACAAGUAAAAGCAGAAGAACAAGAAAAGGAGCAGGAAAGCAAACAGCCCAAGUUAGAGCAAAGUGAUAAAGUUCUGGAAGCUGCGCCAGCAGAUGAAGAAGAGGAUGAAGCCGAAGCUAGACAGCAACAGAAUACUUUCAAUAAGAAACGAAGACUUUUCCAUAACUCCGUUUUGAAUGCCAACCCCAACACCAGCCACAACAGCACUAACAGCGAAACAGCUGCUGGUGAUACACAAGCCCUAGAACCUAGUGAAGCCAAGAAAACUAAGCUGGAUGAACAAGACAAAACUGUUGAAAUAAAACGAGAGGAAGACAGUGAAAUGACAGCAGCUACAGCUCCCUCAGACAGUGAUUGUCGAGAGGUAGAUAUGGAAUUGGAAACAAUCCAAACCACCAAAGACACGGCCACAUCGAAACAGCAAAAAUUCGAUCCCAAGUCAACAAUAAGAGACCCAGCUUUAGUGCUGCAACGCCGUCGUUCCUCGUCGUCGCUCGAAGACGAAUGCAAUACCCGCGAUGAGUCUAGUUUGUAUUUGGUCAACGAAAGCCAGGAUUCAAUGGCUCGUCGUUGCAUCUGCAUUUCAAAUAUAUUCCGCAACUUGAGUUUUGUGCCCGGUAACGAAACAAUUCUAGCCAAAUCCUCCAGAUUCCUGGCAGUGCUGGGUCGUCUUCUGCUGCUCAAUCAUGAGCAUUUGCCGAGAACACCUAAGAACCGCAACUACGACCGAGGCACCGAGGAAGACACUGAUUUCUCUGAUUCUUGCAGUUCGCUGCAGGGAGAACGCGAAUGGUGGUGGGAAUACUUGAUUAGUAUACGUGAAAAUAUGCUGGUAAUAAUGGCUAACAUAGCGGGUCACUUGGACCUAUCGCGCUAUGAAGAGCUGAUAGCCCGGCCCCUGAUUGAUGGUCUAUUGCACUGGGCUGUAUGCCCUAGUGCCCAUGGCCAAGAUCCCUUCCCCUCGUGCGGUCCUGCUUCCUCGCUUUCACCCCAAAGACUUGCCCUGGAGGCUCUGUGUAAGCUGUGUGUCACCGACAACAAUGUCGAUCUAGUGAUUGCCACACCACCCCACUCUAGACUAGAAAAACUAUGUGCUGUACUAACGCGUCACUUGUGCCGCAACGAAGACCAAGUGCUAAGAGAAUUUUCGGUUAAUCUCCUACAUUAUUUGGCAGCCGCUGAUAGUGCCAUGGCCCGAACGGUGGCCCUACAGUCGCCCUGCAUCUCCUACUUGGUGGCCUUCAUCGAGCAAGCCGAACAAACUGCUUUGGGAGUGGCCAACCAACAUGGCAUCAACUAUUUGCGUGAAAAUCCAGAUUCGAUGGGUACUAGUUUAGACAUGUUAAGACGAGCUGCGGGUACGCUGCUGCAUUUAGCCAAACAUCCCGACAACCGAUCUCUAUUCAUGCAACAAGAACAAAGACUUUUAGGUCUGGUCAUGUCACAUAUACUGGAUCAACAGGUGGCUUUGAUAAUUUCUCGAGUACUAUUCCAAGUAUCGCGAGGACCCGGCACCAGCGCUAAUUCACUCGAAUACAGACUGCAACAGAAACAGUUGCAGCAAAAAAUGCAAGAGACAGCAGCAAACGAAAAGAAGUCACAGGGAUUAGGUUUAAACUCCUCCUCUACAUCUGCGACGGCUACAAUGACGAUGUCAAUGUCAAACUCGCUAUUGGCGAGCAAAGAGUCAAAUAACACUGCGACAGAACUUAAAAUUGAAUCUGUGAAAUCAGAGGCUCAUGAGACGACAUCUAUGUCCAGCAAUGAUGCUGCAAACAAUGUAGGAAGUGCGGAAAGUGGUGGCGGUGUGACAGCAACAGAAACAGCUGUAGCUAACGUCAGCAAACCCUCCUCAUCCUCCAUGAUAAUGUCCGCCGAUGAAAAUAGCAACAGCAGUUCACAGAUAACACCUUCGGCUGCCUUCAACGAUGUCAGCAAUAGUAGUACAAAUAGCAAUAGUUGUGGUACUGCAGCCAGUUCUCACAGUAGUCUUAGUCAGAAUAGCAUGAAUAGUUCCAUGGGCGGUUGCAGCAAUAAUAGCAGUUCCAACAAUGCCGCCGCUCUGCAUCAUCUACAAGCAAAUAAUAGCAGCAGUAGUAUGACAACGUCAGCAGCUAUGGCUGCAGCUGUGACGCCACCAACUACGGCGGAACACUUGAAGAGUAAUAUUUUAAGUUCAAACACCAAUUCUCCAUUGGCCAGCAGCAGUAGUAGUAGCACUAGCAGUAAUAUUGGUACAAGCAGUAGUGGUAGUAAUAGUUUACAAUUAAACAAUAGUAAUUCGACGACAAGCUCCUCAUCUAAUCAGCAACAGAUACCAGCACCGCCGCCACCACCACCCACGGCAUCAGCGCCAUCGCAAGCUCCAACUGCAAAUACCUCAACGACCGCAGCGGUUGCGUAG